AUGACCCCUCCCUAUCUUUCGGAUGAAGAUAGUCGUCCUCAAAGAGAUAGUCAUUUUCGUCUCCGGGAUCCUCAUAAUCCUGCUGCCACUUAUCAAUCAGGCCACUGCGCAACUCGUCCAAAUUGUCUACAAUCCCUCAGCUUCUCCAGCAUAGACGCUCGCCGGCAAGAUAUCGUCCAAGUCCAUCCCAACACCGGUGAUUGGGUUAUUGGGACCCCUGAAUUUCGAGAAUGGCGCAACUGCACAACUUUAUCAAGGCACAAUGGAGUGCUUUGGAUCAAAGGCCAUCCCGGAACGGGAAAGUCGACGCUGAUGAAGCAUAUCUGGAGACACUGUCAGCGGGAGCUUAAGGACCGUACCAUUGCUGGAUAUUUCUUCCACGCUCGAGGCGAAUCAUUAGAGAAGACACCUCUCGGCAUGCUACGUUCCUUGAUGCAAGUUCACCAGAGGCAACCACUCGUCCUUCUUGUUGAUGCCUUGGACGAAUACGUUGUCAAAUUCCUCGAACAAUUGAGUCUUACCAGCGUUCGUCAUAUGGUAAAUGUCAGCAUAUGUCUAUCGAGCCGCCAUUAUCCACACAUUACCAUGACAAGAUAUCGGGAGCUGGUGGUAGAAACCACGAACGGGCAUGUCGCGGAUAUCUCUACAUACGUCCACGAUAAUCUGACUGGGUCGGACCCAGAUAUUGAGAAGGGGGCAUCCGGUAUCUUUAUGUGGGUCGUUCUCGUCGUUACCAUGCUGAACAAAGCAUAUGACGAGGGCAAGAUCGAGGCCAUGGAGCGGAAGUUACUCGAGGACCUUGAUCAACUAUUUUUGACAAUACUCAGCAAAGACAACCCCGAUAAGCAAGAAACAAUCCUGAUGCUGCAAUGGGUUUUGUGUGCAGUACGGCCUUUAACGGCGGAAGAGCUAUACCAUGCAACGUUAGCUGGAACCGACUCAGGACCUUGGGAUUUGCGAAUUAUCCACUCGUCAAAAGGGCUCAUAGAGGCUCGUAAAGACACCGGUAUUUUUCAGACCGGUAGAGGUAUUGUUCAGUUCAUCCACGAAUCUGUCAAAGACUUCCUCAUAAGAAAUCAUCGGCUUCAGAGUAUAGACCCUACGCUUGAGUCGAAUCCCAUUGGUCAAUGCCAUGACCGUUUGAAGACUUGCUGUAUCUCAUACAUCCUUAGGAUGGAUGCGGCUGUGGUUGAGCUUCAUUCAAGUCACUACCCCUUUUUGGAGUACGCAUCUAUGUACUUUCUCGAUCACGCUGAGAAAGCGGAAGCAGCAAACGUCUCCCAAGCAGACUUCGCGUGGGUAGCUGAGCGCGAAACGGAAAGUGGACCUCUAUUGAGCAAAAAUGGCAGCCUGUUAUACAGGUUCGCAGCUCAUAGAUACGAUAAUCUCGCGAGAGCGCUUCUUAGAAGCGACACCGAGAUGAAUGCGCGACGGGGACGUCGCGGUUAUGUAUUACAGCCGGCUGCGGCUAAAGGCUCUACGAAGACUGUAAAGCUUCUUCUCGAUCACGUUCUUCUCCAGCACGGCGCCGAUGUUAAUGCACAAGGCGGACUAUACGGAACCGCGCUACAAGCAGCAGCAAUAUACCGCCAGGAGGAGAUUGUAGAGCUUCUUCUCAAGUACGGCGCAGAUGUUAACGCGCAGGGCGGGAUAUAUGGCACCGCACUCCAGGCAGCUGCGACAGCGACUAAAUCGCUCGUAGCUCUGCUUCUCGCGCAUGGCGCCAAAGUUAACAUAAAGUGUGGGAAAUAUGGUACUGCGCUGCAGGCGGCUAUGGUAGAAGGCAAUAAGGAGAUUGCAAUAAUUCUUCUCGAGCAUGGGGCCGACGUCAACGCCCAAGGCGGGAAAUACGGUACCGCGCUACAGGCUGCUGCGUCUGCACCCUCCCUGUGGACGAUGGCUGACCCAAGAGAUGCUACAAAGUUGCUUCUCGAUUAUGGCGCCGAUGUCAACGCGCAAGGCGGACAGUACGGUGGCGCGUUGCAGGCCGCAAUAUCGACAGGUCGUAAGGAUAUAGAAAACCUUCUUCGCAAGUAUGGCGCUACUAUGUAG